AUGGCACAAGCGCAAGACAAUGGGUAUCGUUAUAUUGUACACAUGAGGGACCAUUUCACAAAGUUUAGCUGGGCAAGAGCAAUUAAACAAAAAACGGCAGAUAAUGUGGCUCAAUUUAUUUAUGAAAUUUUCUUAAUGUUCGGCCCGUCCUCAAUACUCCAGUGCGAUAAUGGGAGCGAAUUCUCUCAUAUUGAGGAAAGACUUGGUGUAAUUGUUCGAAUCUGGUGUGACGAAAACAAUGACGAAAACAAUGAUGACAUCAAUGAUGAAAACGAAGAAAACGAAGUUGAAGUUGCAUCAGACAUCGACCCGAUGGAUUUGGCUGAGACUGUUACAGCUCAAGAUGAUGAUAUAGAUACAGAUGCUUUUGUACAUACUAAUACAGCCUCUACAUCGAAUGUGGAAUUUAGUAGCACAAUUGAGGGAGAAGCUCGCAUAGACCUUAGGGAAAUGUGUGCAGAAUCAAAUGUAGACUUUUCGGAUAGUGAGAACGAUAUAUCUGAAAAUCCUUUCAACGGACCAAGCGAAGAUGAAUUCAGAUACAAUUGGGAUGAGUUUCAACAACAGAUGAAUGAUAUCUUCAGACAGCAGAUAGAACCGCCAGAUGUACCAAGAAAGUAUAUUCUUGAUGCAUUAAUCGAAGUACGUGUUUUUGAAAAUAGAGGCGAAUGUUCAUUAGAAUCUGCAAAACUCUGGAGGAGCAAGUUAGACGGAUGGUUAAAGAAAAUGACAGAGUUGAGGAUUGUACGCAAAUUAAAUAAAGAAGCCAAUAAACGUCAACCGAAACCCAGACCAGUUUCUAAAUCCAAAGGCAAACUUCCAGAAACGGAUUUCUUUAUGAACAACACGUAUGUAGUUCCGUGGAACCAAUUACGGAGCUUUUGGAUAGCCUAUUUCGGACCACAAGAAGGAUUUCCUCAAGGCGUUAGUAUGAGAGAAGUUAGAGACACAUUAAGACAAUGUAUGCGUUUUAUAAACAGCCCUGGGGUAAAUGUAGACGAAAUGACUUCAUGGAAGGAAAGAUUCGAACGAUGGAUUAAUGAAGCAGAAGAUUUGACUCGGGCUAAUGACGAGUCUG